AUGGGAGAGGGACAAGGGGUGCAAUGUCCUAAUUACCGGCACUGUGACCGCCACCGCCCCACGUCGUGUGUCUCGCCGACCUCAAAGUCUCCGGCCUCGCCCUCCACCGCCGCGCGGGGCGCCGAGGAGUUCAAGUGUCCAGAGCAGUUCGGCUACUACGCGGACGAGGGCGACUGCAGCAAGUACUUUGUGUGCGUGUUCGGCGACGCCCUGCACGAGAGCUGCACGGGGGGCCUGUACUUCAGCGUGGAGCUGCAGACCUGCGACUGGCCCAGGAACGUCCAAUGCGCCGGCGCGGCGUCCAAGAAAUCGACGCCGUCUCCGAGCAGAGAAGAGAAGACGUUCGGCGGCAGCCAGCGCCGGGGCACAAGCGGUGGCAGCCGGCGAGGCUCGUCGUCGGGGCGCCAGGUGAGCGAGACCACGCGACCACGGCAGCGCUACCGACCGACGACCACGCCGACCACCACCACGACCGUCAGGACCACGACCACGCCAGCGCCGACCACGACCUCCCGCCGCUUCCCGACCACCUUCUCCGAGUACCAGACCCUCUACGAGGACGGACUCCGCAAGAGGCCGCAGCAAGAGGAGAGCCAGGAGAGUGAGGAAGAGGAGGAUGAGGAAGAGGAAGGCGAUGACAGUGGGUCGACGGAGGUGCCCGAGGACCGCGACGGUCCGGGCGUCACCCCGAGCCUGGCGGAGGUGAAGGGCAGGAAGCCCGAGCCCGGACACCGUGGACCGCUGUCCAACAGCUACGACCCGCAGCAGCCCCAGUAUGAUGAGGCCGUGCCGCCGGUCGUGGACUCGGAGGGCGGUAUCCACGUGUCCGACGGAGGACGUCCAGAUAAGUUCCUCGGCAACGGCAGGCCGCAGCAGCAGCAGGGCCAACAGCCACAGCAGACCCAGAAGCCAGACAGGGGAACCUUGAGCGUCUUCGUGAAGCCGCUCUACCGGAACACGGGCGACCAGAAGGACAAGGAGAGCGACCAGGUGUUCAAGAGAGACCAGACGGCCAUCUUGGCGGCGCCCAACCCGAGAGACCUCGAGGACGACGUCUUGCCCGUCUACUCCAGCAACAACGCGCGGCCCGCGCCCGGUGAGAUCAACAGAAAAGACGUGGUCCUUGUCACGUACCCCAGGGACCAGAACAGGUACCAGUACAACGGGGGUUAUAACAAUGAAGACGAGGACGACUUCAGGGCCUUCCUGGAGCAACAGCGACAGCAGCUGCCCAACUCCCAAAGAGAGAAUAACAAUGCGCAGAGGAUCCCCGGCGACUCCAGCAUCCGUCCGGCGAGUCGCGGCCGCAACAGAGACGCCAGGUACUACCCGAGAACUCCGCAACAGACCCUCCUGUCCCAAAUUCCGCCACCACCGCCGGUCCAGUCGAUCCAGCAACAACGUCCCCCGGUGACCCAGACGUACGUGUACGAGACCAAGUACCCUCACAAGCUGGACGCCGUGACUCAGGCCCCCACCAAAGCGCCCACGUACCCGUCGUACCAGGACUACGACCACAAUUACAACCUGCAGUCCGAGUACGCCUAUCCGGACGAGGACGACGCGUACCACACCACCACCACCCCGCGUCCGACGCCGCGCCGCCAGAAGUACAGGACGACCACGACGACGACAACCACGAGCACCACGACCACCACGACGACGCCUAAGCCGUCCAGGAGGCCCUUCCCGAAGGGCUUCAGCAGGCCGAGCACGAGGGCCCCGUCUCCGACGACCCCUCCGUCUCCGCCGGCGAGGCCCCGGAACCUGUACGCGACGCCGACGCCCCUUGAGACGGCGGCGCGGUGCGAGGCCCGCAAGUGCAGGCUUCCGGACUGCCACUGCGGCGGCACCGACGUGCCGGGCGGCCUGCCCAACCAUGAGGUGCCGCAGGUGGUCCUACUCACGUUCGACGACGCGGUGAACGACCUCAACAUCGAUCACUACACCGAGAUCUUCGACACCGGCCGCAAGAACCCCAACGGCUGCCCGAUCCGGGGCACCUUCUACGUGUCGCACGAGUGGACCGACUACGGCCAGGUGCAGACGCUCUACUCCAAGGGACACGAGAUGGCCUCGCACACCGUCACGCACAGCUUCGGCGAGAAGUUCUCCAAGCAGCAGUGGUUCAAAGAGGUGGCCGGCCAGCGAGAGAUCCUGAGCCUGUUCGGCGGCGUGAAGCUUGAGGACGUGCGCGGCAUGCGGGCCCCGUUCCUGCAGAUCGGCGGCAACAAGAUGUUCGAGAUGCUGCACGAGGCCAACUUCACCUACGACUCGUCCAUGCCCGUGUUCGAGAACAACCCUCCCUUCUGGCCGUACACCCUGGACUAUGCCAUCAACCACGAGUGCAUGAUCACUCCCUGCCCCAGCAAGUCCUUCCCGGGAGUCUGGGAGGUCGGCAUGGUCAUGUGGAUCGACCUGCGCGGCGGCCGCUGCUCCAUGGGCGACGCGUGCUCGAACCCGCCGGACGACGACGGCGUCUACAAGAUGCUACUCAAGAACUUCAACCGCCACUACAAGUCCAACAGGGCGCCCUUCAAUCUCUUCUACCACUCGGCCUGGUUCAACACGCAGCACCACAAGAAGGGUCUUCUGCGCUUUCUGGACACCAUCCUGGCCAAGGGCGACGUCUGGCUCGUCACCAACUGGCAGCUCAUCCAGUGGAUACGGAACCCGACGCCCAACUCCAGGAUCAACAGCUUCGAGCCCUGGCAGUGCAACCCGCGAGACCGCCCUGAGCCCUGCCACCACCCGACUGUGUGCAACGUACCGUACCAGGGCGGCCUCCGCUACAUGAAGACGUGCCAGCCCUGCCCCAACGUUUACCCGUGGGUGGGCAACACAGGCUUCGGCAGCAAGGGAGCACGCCGCAAGUGAACCGGGUCUCCUACCUACACCAUGAUGUCUGCCCGUAGCCACUUUGGGGCUUGAGACCUUCAGGGGCCGUCAACCGACUUCCACCGGAAGAUCGGCGACUUUGCGAGGACGCCUUCCAUCAAUUCGACGAAAAGCCCCCGGUUAAAUGAUACGCGGGAAGGAAUGGUUCGCUCGUAGGCAACCGGAAUUA